CCCAUUCUUCUUCAACAUUCAUUUUCUGUCAUUCUUAAUCUCUAAUGGGAAGAACAGUCAGUCUCCGGCGGCGUAUCGUCGCCCUCCUCAAAGACAAAGCUUCCCUAUCCAAAGCCUCCUUCCUCUCCGCCGCCUCCCUCCGCCUCGCCCUCCUCCGCGCCACCACCCACCACCCCCCCACCCCCCCCGACGACCGCCGCCUCUCCGACCUCCUCCUCCUCGGCCAGACCUCCCGCGCGGCCGCCUCCCCCCUCAUCUCCGCCCUCAUGGACCGCCUCCACCGCACCGGCGACUCCGUCGUCGCCCUCAAAUGCCUCCUCAUCGUCCACCACAUCAUCCGCCGCGGCCCCUUCAUCCUCCAGGACCAGCUCUCCAUUUUUCCGGCCGCCGGCGGCCACAAUUACCUCAACCUCUCCGCCUUCCGCGACGGCGCCGCCUGGUCCCUCUCCCGCUGGGUCCGCUGGUACGCCCGCUACCUCGAAACCCUCCUCUCCACCUCCCGCGCCUUCGGCUACUUCCUCUGCUCCUCCGCCGCCAUUAAAGACUCCGACGACCUCCGAAUCUCCUCCUUCCUCAACUCCGAUCUCGUCCGGGAGAUCGACGCCCUCGCCGCCCUCGUCGAGGAGAUCUGUAAACUGCCCGACGCCGACGCCGACCGCUCCGGCGACGGCGCGUUGGUGAAAGAGAUCAUCGGAUUCAUCAUCGGAGACUACCUCACGGCGGCGAACGAGCUCCUCCGGCGACUCGGCGAGGCCGGCGGGAGACUCGCCUGCCUGAGCUUCGGCGACUCGUUCGAACUCGUCUGCGCUCUGAAAAGACUGCUGAAUUGCAGGGAAACACUUUCCGCCAUUUGCGUCGUUCAGAAACCUUCGAUCGAGAUGAUGUGGAGCACGAUUGAGGAAUUGAAGGACAGAAUUCAGAAGCUGCAGGUGUACAGAGACGGCGGAAAGUUCUUGAUCUUGGGAACCCGGGCGAAACCCAGUGAGUCGGCCCGGUUCGAUGGCCGAGUCAUCCGAGUCGGGGGUGACUCGGUCGAGUUCCACUCGGGAAGGUUUUGACAGUUUUUUUUUUUUUAAAUCCAUAAAAUCAAUUGAAUAAUUGGUAACAAAUAGAAAGUUUAUUAAUUUUUUUUUCUAAAAAAUAUUCUAUUUUGGUCUUUUUUUACUGUGAAUAGUGAUUGAUGUAUAUUAUAAUAUGUAUGGGGUAAGGUUGGAGAAUUAUAUUCAUUUAUUGGGAUAAUAAAGGCAGCACCUGCCCCUUUGUCUAUAUUAUUAUUAUUAUUAUUUUUAUUAUUAUUAUUAUUAUUAUAAAUCAAUUUUGCAAAUACUUUGAGCACUGUAGGUUAGAACGGAUCAAAGCAACAUUUUAGAGAUAUAAAAAAGGAUGUUGAAAAUGAAAGCACGUGCAUAAAUACUAGUAAUAUUAAUUUUAUUUAAUAUUAUUUUUAGUUGUACAUUAAAUUUUUUAUUUUUUACUUCAUUUGUGCCCAAAUGUUUCAUCUGCAACGGUAACUGUUGUGUUGUUUUGUAUUUUUUAAUUUUAGUAUGGUAAAGAUGAGAGGUCAAUCAUUUGUAACGGAUAUUUAUUGUUUGUCUGUUACUUUUUUGGAUGUCUGCUUUUUCUGUACAUUCUUU